AAACAUUUCUUAUCAGCCACGUUAUGCAAGAAACUUUUAGAAAUUAGUGUACUUUGAAAUGAAGUUGAGAAAUGGCUGUACAGAGUGUAUUUUUAGCUUAUUUCCUCAUUUUUCUUAAAGAUUGGACUAUAUAUGCAUCUACAACAGCAAAAUCAGAGUUAGAAUGCGAAUUUCCCCCAAAACUGGAAGAGGAUUUGACUCACGUUCGGCGCAAACGACUUACAACUGAGAUGGGGCUAGUUUGUCUCGAAGACUACCCUUACACUGUCUCAAUAAGGUUACAUGGAAAGCAUUGGUGCGGAGGAGCGAUUGUCGGUCAGCAAUGGGUACUCACGGCAGCACAGUGCUUUGAUUAUGUGUCUAAAGAGGAAGUGACUGUACGUAUGGGUUCAGUAUUUCGUGACUUCGGCGGUAAAAUUCUGUCCGUUAUUGACAUCAGACUACACCCUGAAUACAGGACGGAUCAAUAUUAUCCUGAACACAACUUAGCUAUGAUUAAGCUUAACAUACCUGUCACGGUCGGUAGCCGAAUUCAGAUUGUGUCAGUUGCCACUUCUGGAGCUGAACUUCCCUCUGUCUUCGGAGAAACCAUAAUCACUGGAUAUGGAAGCGUGGUAACAGGUCAAAUCCGAGAAGGGCAGAAUCAAGAACUUCGUCGUAUGAUAGUAAAGGAAAUGCCGCGCCCAGAUUGCAGGCGUAUUUACGGAAACGAAUAUCGACUACAGCAUGACCACAUGUGUCUUCAAAGCGUGAUGAGAGGUGUCGCGUUGUGUGCGGGUGACACCGGGGACCCAGCAGUCCACUUCAGUGGCGUGAACCGAGCGGGGACGUUGUAUGGAAUUGCUCUCUUCUCUGGUACAGAAGAAUGUGCCCAUAAGCAGAAACCUGGUGUUUAUGCUAAGGUUUCUUAUAGCAAUGGAUGGAUUACCAAUAUAUUGAACAACCGGGAUGUUAACGAAAGCGUGGACAGUGGAGAUAAUGCAAUACCAUUAGAUAUAUAAUUACUUUUAAUAAAUUAUGUGAAAUGAUA